CUUCAGUUCACUAGGUCUAGAUACUUAUACAACUUUGGUCGCAGAUACAGAGUCCCUGCUUGUGAGCGAAUCCUUGAAUCCAGCGUUUUGGCAUGAAUAAACGAAUAUGCGUCAAGACAAAAUUCAAUGUACAUAUGUAUCCGAAGCACAUCCGAAGCUCGUACUUGAGAACCACUGCUUUACAUAACAUGUAGCAACACCUAGGGUAAGAUCUUAUCUUAUCGUGUUUCCCAGCGCCAUCAUGAUGACUGCUGACAUCCUUUGUCCCAUGACUUCACGAUCUGCCAGUCUCGGUCACUCACUUUUUCGGGACCGUUUCAGGAACGCUCCUACCGUCCAAUGCCUUGCUAUGCUACUGGAUAACUCUCGCUCACCUCUGCUCCUGUCCUUCAAUCUAUGUUUUGGGGUUCCCGCCACCCACUCAUUCUCAAGGGCCAAGGCACCCUUCAUUUGAUAUCUCCAACUUGUCCAAUGUCGACAUCACCCGACUGACAUCUACACGCUGUAAACCAGUCAGAGCGCGACACCCCUAUGUGGCUGCGACCGAGUGCAUACAGCCGGCUGCGAAAUUCGCACACCGAAUGACUCCCGUCAGCAGCCCUUGACGCGGGGAUGUCAAGAGUGAGGCGAGAGUGCUAUAAGGGGACAGGUGCUGCAUUCCCACCUCCCUCAAUCGUCUCCCGUUGGAUCAAGCCCUCGCAAUGUCCUCCCACAGCCCCAUCUUUGGUCUCUACUGUUUACCCUCGGGCGCCUCCGCCGCGUGCACCCCCGUGUCGUUUCCGCUGCUGAGCGUGCGCAUCUCUGCGCGUCUCACAGACCUCUCAGCGCAGGUCACGCUGGUGCAGACGUACCUCAACGCCACUGCGCCCGGAGUGCCCACGUCGACCGAAGCUCGCUACGCGUUCCCCGUCCCCGCUCGGGCGGUCGUUCACAGCUUCACGAUGAUCCGGGGGGACGGGACGAGGGUCGUGGGGCGUGUACAAGAGAAGCGUGCGGCGAGGAAGACGUAUGAUUCCGCCGUCCAGCGCGGCAAGCAGGCCGGGAUUCUGGAGCAGUCGACACCCGAUGUCUUUCGCGUUUCAGUGGGGAACAUACCUCCCAAUGAAGAGGUCCAAAUCGAGUUGGUCUAUGCUACCGAGCUCACUGAGGAUGAGGAGAACGAUUCGGUACGGUUUCACGUUCCCAUGCACAUUGGUGCCCGGUAUGGUGUCGCGCCUGCGGAGCUCGGUGGCUUUGAGAGCCAAAACGUUCGCUCUCAUGGUGCAUUCCUCGAGAUGAUUACACACAUCGAAUCCACGUCGCCGAUAUCCGAAAUUGGCUCGCCAUCGCACACAAUAUCCACGGAGCUAGGCCCAGAUCCUGCGUUGCCCAACGCCAGCCAGCUGCCCUUCUCGCACUACGCCCGGGUCUUCUUGUCUUCCGACGCUCAGCUGCAGAAGGACUUCGUGCUGACCGUCAAAUCCGCCGGGCUCGACACCCCGCGCUGCGUAGCUGAGACCAGGGAAGGAGAAGUCGCGAUGGGAUUGACAUUCGUCCCGCGUUUCGUGCUUCCCCCCGUUGCGCGACAGGAGUACAUCUUCCUCGUCGACCGCAGUGGAUCGAUGGAUGGCCAGCGGAUGAUGGCGGCGCGCAAGGCCCUGGUCGUGAUGCUGCGCUCGCUGCCACACCGCGACUCCUCGUCGUUGUUCAACAUCGCCUCCUUUGGCUCAGAUUGUACACUCCUCUGGCCCCAGGGCAGCCGAGCGUACGAUCAGGAGACGCUGGAGCAGGCGACGGAGCAUGUCGACUCGAUGUGGGCUACAUACGGAGGGACCGAAAUCCGGUAUGCCUUGGGGAAAUGUUUUGCGCAGCGCCAAUCCGACCGGCCGACGAGUAUCUUCAUGUUGACGGAUGGCGACGCCUGGGAUCUGGCCGGCGUGCUGGAGCUGGUGAAAGGCACAGUGGACAAGCAUCCUGUGCGCGUGUUCGUGCUGGGCAUCGGCGACGCCGUGUCGACGGCUAUGUGCGAGGGGAUCGCACGCGUGGGUAACGGGGCGUGUAUGUUCGUGGGCGAGAGCGAGACCAAGUUCACAGGGAAAGUCGCAAGACUGCUCAAAGCGGCCAAGACGCCUGUCAUCGGAGAUGUCCAUGUCGACUGGGGAUCGACAGUCGUCAGCGAUGAAGCUGAAGAGGAAUUUGAAUUACUCGAAUGUCCUCCCGCGCCACAAACGAAACGAUCUGCCAAGCUAAAUUUGUUUGACUGCGAUGUCGAUGUCCUGGAGUCGGACGACAGUCCAGCUCCUCCGCCGUCUCUCGAGAUUAAUCUGCCACCAAUUCCUUCUGCCCAGCAAUCUCCGUUCAAGAUUCGCAGUCUGCUACCUGGUGUGCGGUGUACUGUUUAUGCCAUCUUGCAAUCAUCACAGAUUCCCCCUAAAGUAGUUCUCCACGGCACCACUGCAGACGGUGCCACCAUCGAGCUGCCUGUAGACGUCACUGCCAGCUGUCUGGGGACUAUAGCACUGCAUGCUAUUUCCGCGCGCAAGAUUAUUCAGGAUCUGGAAGACGGACAGCACGGGCUAGCGCGCGAUGGCGACCCAGAUCUGCUCUCUCGGACAGUGAAUGCAGCGAUCGUGCGAUUGGGCACUAAAUACGGCAUCGCGUCGUCGCAGACGUCGUUUGUCGCCGUGGAUGAGACUAUCGAGAGCGUUGAUGCAAAUGAAGUGGAGACAUUUGAAGAAGGAUUGAAUUCACUGCGGACUUUGGCCUCGGCUUCGGCUUCGUCGGCACCGUCUGCCGGAGUGCACAUGCCAGCACCAGCGGCGCCGCCGCCACCUAUGCUGAUCGCAGCACCGCCACCCCCGCCGCGAGCACCGCCUCCAGGCUCAGUGGCUCCGAGUUCCUCAUCGGAAUCAGAUGACACAUAUGGCAUAGGAUCUGAUGCGGGAUCACACACCGCACCUCCCAUCGACGACGCCGAAGAGUCGGAUGACGACAUGGGCUUUGGGCUGUUCGACGGUGGCACACCUCCCCCGCACGUCGACUCGGAUUCACUUGUGAACUCGGACCCGCUGGAGGCGCUCGCCCGGCUCCAGUCCUUUGACGGAGCCUUCUCCGCCCAGGUGCUCGAUCUCGCGUUCAUGCACCUCACGGUCGACCGUGCGGGACUCCGGGCGCUGCUGUCGCUGCCCGCUGGGCUCAAGGACGAGGACGUGCUGCUUGCGACGGUGCUUGCGAUGGCGUAUCUGAGCAGCCAGCUGGGAGGGGACGUCGAGCGCGAGUGCUGGGAGGACAUGUACUCGAAGGCACACGACUACGUCUGCGACGCACUGGGCUGGCAGAGCGCGCAGCUGAUGGCAUCACAGGCCAAAGCCGUGGACGUGUUCGGAUAGUUCUGCGGCUGCGCAUGGAAUGCGAGAUGAGGGCCUCCGAAUGAUAGCCGUGAAACGCCUGCUCGGCGUUCAAGCUCUCGGUGAGUAAUAUGUACCCAAAGAUCUCAUCACUACGUAGUACAGACACCGGCUAUGUACAUAUCGUAAACCGAGGCGUGAAAUGCAAUUCUAUACAUUCCAGUGGCAGUGUUCGUCAAAUUUUAGUUAGCGUGGUCGGGGAAUGUUGAGUCGUUGAACGCUGGGUGUUACAUAUCGGCGACUCCAAUAUAUUGAAGCCUGGAGUUUGAGCACUACUGCGCAUACAUAUCCCACUCCAACUCGGCUGGUGAUUGGCUCCCCGCUAGCUCCAGGCACGCGCAGACACCUUUUCGGCGGAGAACAUCCAUCGCCAGACUAGUCGCUAGCGGGAACGGAGAGCGAGCUGUCCGGGCGCGCUCCAGGUGAGCAAGGAAGAGGCCGGGACCUGAAACACGCACCCAGUGUAGUCCUGUAGCAUUAAUAUUAUUCACGCCCUGCGCUAAGCGAGCGCGAUAUAAAAGGGACUGGCGAUAAUCGUCGGAGCUGCAACAUCUCAAUGAGCACCACCCAGAGCACACCCGCCCACGUAACAGUCCUUGUCAUCGGCGGUGGCCCCGCCGGGAGCUACACCGCUUCGGUAUUGGCCAGGGAAGGCAUCGACGUCGUGGUGCUCGAGGCGGACAAGUUCCCCAGGUGCGUAGCCGGAUAGAACUGCGUGACUUGCAUGUAGCUCACGUGUCGCCGGAAGGUACCAUGUCGGCGAGAGCAUGCUGCCCUCCCUGCGCCAUUUCCUCCGAUUCAUCGACGCGGAGGACAAAGUCGAAAAACAUGGUUUCCAGAAAAAGCCCGGCGCUGCGAUUUCGUUGAAUCAAUGGAAGCGGGAGGGGUACACCAACUUCGGCAUCGGCAACCACUCCUGGAACGUCGAACGCGCUGAACUGGACGAGAUCCUCCUGCGCCAUGCACAGGAAUGCGGCGCCCAGGUCUUCGAGGAGCACAAAGUCCUCUCGCUCGGCUUCCGCGCCGACACGCGUCCGAUCAGCGCGACGUUCAGCGACCCCACGGGCCAGCCGCGCACGAUCACGUUCGACUACCUCGUCGACGCGUCCGGCCGCGCCGGCCUGCUCUCGACGCGCUACCUCCACAACCGACAUAUGAAUAAGAACCUCAAGAACGUCGCCUGCUGGGGAUAUUGGACGGGCGCGAACAUGUAUAGCCCCGGUACAGAGCGCGCGAAUUCGCCGUGGUUUGAGGCGCUGACAGAUGAAAGCGGCUGGGCGUGGUUUAUCCCGCUGCAGCACGGCCGAGUGUCCGUCGGCAUCGUCAUGGACGGCAAGAUUAGCGCAGCCAAGAAAGCGGGGCACACGCUGCAGGAGCACUACCUCGCGCAGCUCCAGUUCGUCCCGAAACUGCAGCAGCUGCUCGGCGCGGCCAAGCUGGCCGUCGACACAUCGGGGCAGAUCCCCCCGGUCAAAUCCGCUAGCGACUUCAGCUACACGGCCACGCGGUAUUCGGGCGACCAUUUUCGGCUCGUCGGCGACGCCAGUGCGUUUAUCGACCCGUUCUUCUCCUCGGGCGUGCACCUCGCUGUGUCGGGCGGCCUGACAGCCGCGGUGACUAUCGCGGCGUCCAUCCGGGGCCACUGCACAGAGGAGGAAGCGGGCAACUUCCACCACCACAAGGUCGCCGUCUCGUACACCAGGUUCUUCCUGACAGUCUCGGGAGCGUACAAGCAGAUUCGGAACCAGCAGGUCCCGGUCCUGAGCGACAUCGACGAGGGCAACUUCGACCGCGCAUUCGACCUCAUCCGGCCCGUGAUACAAGGCAGCGCUGACGCCGGGCGGCUGCUCACCGAAGACGAGCUGCAAAAGGCCAUGGACUUUGUGUCGCACAUAUUCACGCCGACCGACCCGGAGAUGAUGCACGCCGUGGGCACGAAGUUGCAGAUGGACGUCCUCGCGCCGGGCGCUCCGAUCUUCACGCCUGCACAGAUCGCGGCGCUCGCGGAUGGGGACGAGGACACCGCGAAGGUGCUGAACCAGGCGAACGCGACGAAGGCAGUGUACGACUUUUACACCGGGCCCGACCGGCUGCUGGGCGAGAUGGUGGACGGGUUCAUCGGGUGCACGAGGGUGGGCAGUGUGGGCCUCGUGCGCGUCAGUGAGGGCAGCCGCAAGCCGAAGGAGGAGGAGGUCAGAGGUGUCAAGCGGGACCACACCAUGCAUGCACAGCUCGCGCUGGAGCCCCAGAUUGCCCAGGUCAGGCGGAAGUAGCAAGCGUUGCGCGGUCACCUGCUCAGUCACAUGUUAGAAGUGUCCGAUGACAUCAUCUCCAUAUUUGUAUUAUUUAAUUAACUUUUCC